GUUGCUUUGGAUUGGCGCUUGGCGGACAAGCGACGCGUGUCCUGCUGGGUCAGACGAGCCGACAUCAAGAAGAGGUCGUUCUGCGCCGCGGGAGAGUGCGUCCUCACCGCGUUCGGCAUCGGCGUGCUCCUUGGCUAUCGGCCGGAGGAUGGCACCCACCACGUGCAGCUGUGGGGGCCGCUGGGGCGGGGGCGCAACAGCGCCCACCUGCAGGAGGCCGCCCUGCUGGCCGUCUUGCCAGCGGCGCCGGGCCUCGAGGUGGAGACGCCGUUCGGGCUGGGCACCUGCCGGCGCCUACGGCUGGCAGCCCCGGGCGGCGCG